AUGGAUUCUUUUGCUGGAAGUAAGAUACGAGUCUUGAAGAGAAAAUGUGAGAACGAACAUGCUCAGUUUCUUAUUUCAUCACUAACUAAAGCUUUUGAUGCCAUACAUAAGAAAUUCCUACACCAAUUAGCUAUAUGCUUCUACGAAGGCAAUCACAACGAGGAAAAUCUGGUGGAAUAUUAUAUAUUUAAAUACGAGUAUAAGUCUAACAGCGUCGAGUUGAGUUUUCGUAAUAAAAACACGGACCAAGAAACAACAUACACAUUGGAUGAUGUGAAAAAGAUGACUGUAAAAUUGAUCGACACGUGUAAUGUUAUGGCAGGCAGUAGAGAUGGCGGCGGAGCUCUUAACAAUUUUAGCGUUCGUCUUUAUUACAAUGCGGAUGCUCCCGAUGGAUACCAAGCUCCCGGUUUCAAUGCCACCAGCGAGGACGUUGAUCAAUUGGAGUCGUCUAUAAGUAAGACUACCGACUUGGGUUACGUCGCGACACCCUUCCACUCGUUGCAGGCCAGGGCCUACAUCAAAGACCUGAUUACUGAUAGCAAUGAUAUUAAUCCCUUUGAGAGCGAGAGUGCGCCCAUGGUCUCCGAGGACAUGGAACUGACUCAUAUGGUGUCCACAAUCGAGGAAAAAGUGAAUUGUCCUUGCCAUAAAUUCGACAUCUUCGAGUCCUCGCACGUCACCAACUUCCUGACGUGCCAGUACUGUAAGAUGCAACAGCAUGCGGUCUGUUUCGGUCUUUUGGGUGAAAUGGCAUCCAAGAGCGACCAUUGUUGCGUUGACUGCUACCGUGAAGAUCCAUCUAGGGAACCUACGGACCACAGUCUUGUCACAUUACGUGCUAACGAACUAAAGAGCAUGUGCAUAUUUCGACGGCUCUUGGCCUUGUGUUCUGAAGUGUCGGCUAUCGGGGCGGGAGACAUCGUCAAGAAAUUAAGUACUUCCGAGAAGUCGGCCCACAAACUCAUGGCAUUGCUUUUCCAGAAUAGGGUUAUUGAAAGAGAACCUGGAUUGAGUUUUAAACCUCAAAUUGUACUGCCCGACAAGCUGAAGCAGGUGAUAUCGCAUUACUUUUAUCACGGCAAGCCGAAAACCACCAAAGACAUCACCAAUGUUAUUUUUAUAUCGCAAGAGAGCCAGCCUGAUCCCACUUCUGAUAUUCUUUCUGAAAAAAAUCCUACUCAAAAUUUACGUUCUGUGGGCAAUGAUAAUAUUGGUGAAUACCAGAAGGUGAUGCCACGCGAAAAGGAAAAUAUACCUGUUAAGAAAUCGGUUGCUAAAAGAACCAUGGAAGACCACCGCAACGAAGUAGCCAAAAAGAAAAGGCUCAGUCGUAAUUAA